GUUCAUGAACACUAAAAUACAUACAUAAAUGGAGAAAUAACCCAAUAUUAAUAAUUUAAUAAGUCAAAAUUACAAACUAUGUCCUUAGAGUGUUUAUAAAUAUCAACCAACUUGGCUUCUAGAGUAUGCAUUUAGCAGUAACAAGGAGGAAUAAAAAAUGGAUAUUCUACAUGUCAUGAUCCGCAUGCAUUCUAGCAUGAGGUAUGCCUCUCUCUCUCUCUCCUCCCCCUUCCCCACGCUCCCCGGUCUUCUAUAAACGCUGUGAAUAUAUGCCACCUUCUCAGCAGAGCUGGAAAGAGAGAAAAAAUAGACUCAUCCAUCUCCCAGAGUGCUACAAGAUGAGUAGAGGUGGGAGCUUCGGAGGUGGACAGAGCUCUCUAGGUUACCUCUUUGAAUCAGAUGAGGCCCCAGUCUCACCCCCUAGAUCUACCAAGGCCACCAAGUCUCCCCAGCCUCCAUCUGAUGGAGGUAGCAAGAGCAAAGCAACAGCCCAAGAGACUCAACCAGAAAAAGCCAUCUCCAACAACUACCACAGAGCGCAAGGCCAGAACUCAGGGAACUUCAUCACGGGUCGUCCCUCCACCAAGGUCCUUUCAGCUCCCGGUGGCAGCUCAUCUCUUGGCUACCUGUUUGGAGAUAAAUGACGUGCGGUUUGGAGUGGCUUCAUCAGUGGUCUGAAAUAAGGGCAUCGUGAGCCCAGUUGUGAGUGGAUUUUAUGAAGGUUAUGAUGGCAAGACUGUAAUAGCUAGGUGACAGGUUCUCUUUUUCAAGGAGCGUUACAUGGUUGUGCCUCUUCUUACGCUGCUGCAGGUGGUGAGCACUAGGAGUUCUUUAUAGUUUUUAUUUCUUUUCUGAGAAAUCCAUCCAUGUGGAUGAGAUUUGGCAGACACCUACUUAUUUAUUGGUAGGGAAAGACAACUUAAAGAGACUCAGGUACUACCAUGAGUCUACUGGCUUAAUUUGUGCAGCUUUGAGUGGUAUGUGAAGUUUGUUUGGUAUUGCUGUUUGUGUAGUUUGCUCUACUUGUCAAUAUACAUAUGAAUUUACUGUA